UUCGCUGCGCAUGCGUCAGUUGAGGGCGCUGGGAUUGUUGGGACUUCCGCCUCCUAACGCGCAGGCGUGAAAGUGGGGGAGGCGUGGCGGGCGCCAUGGCAACGCGUGGCUGAAGGGGUCCUGCCUCAGGGCUUGGUGUGGAGUGCUGCUUGCUAGAAGAACUCAGUCAUGGUAAUGCAGGCAGGUAAAAGCAGCAAACCCAAGCACGGCAAAGGCAAAAGCUCCGAAAAGAAAAUGAAGAAGGUGGUGAAGGACGUCGAUAUCCUCAGCUCAGCUGCCAUGCUCAAUGCCCAUUACGUCUGCCAUAAUGUCCCUGCCUGCCUAGAGUUGCGGGGCUUUCCUUGGCCUGGCUCCCCCAAAAAGAAGGGGAAGAGACGAAAGUAGCUGGCUGGAAAGCAAAGGAUGUGAUGAAAGCCAAGCUCCCCCUGAUAAGAAGAGGCUUCUUUGAACUUUAGACUCAUACCAGUAUCUGCAGUGGUUAGCUCAAAUGUUUUGCCAUAAUCACUGUUGUGUCCACACAAAGACACUCUUAUUAUAGCUCAAGCUUACAGUGACAAAUGGCAAGUGACACUGGUGCUGUCGUAAUUUCAGCUGUGGCCCUCAGGCCUUAGUUCUGUGCGGAAUAAAACACUGAGUCUCAGCA